AUGGCGAAGCAGUACGAUGUGCUGUUCCGCCUGCUGCUGAUCGGGGACUCCGGGGUCGGCAAGACCUGCCUGCUGUGCCGCUUCACCGACAACGAGUUCCACUCCUCGCACAUCUCCACCAUCGGAGCUUGCUGGCGGAGCGAGAUGCACCUCCUCUUCCCUGAACCUUCUGCUGCCAUCAGCACAGCCCUGCCUGAGAUGCUGGCUCAGGAGGAGGAGGCUGUGGAAGUGAGGGCUGGGGACACAGCGGGGCAGGAGCGCUAUCAGACCAUCACAAAGCAGUACUAUCGACGGGCCCAGGGAAUAUUUUUAGUCUACGAUAUUAGCAGCGAGCGUUCUUACCAGCACAUCAUGAAGUGGGUCAGUGAUGUAGAUGAGUAUGCACCAGAAGGUGUCCAAAAGAUUCUUAUAGGGAAUAAGGCCGAUGAGGAGCAGAAACGGCAGGUGGGGAGAGAGCAAGGGCAGCAGCUGGCUAAGGAGUACGGCAUGGAUUUUUAUGAAACAAGUGCCUGCACCAACCUCAACAUUAAAGAGUCGUUCACGAGGCUGACAGAGCUGGUGCUGCAGGCCCACAGGAAGGAGUUGGAAGGACUCCAGACACGUGCCAGCAACGAGCUGACAUUGGCAGAGCUGGAGGAGGAGGAGGGCAAACCCGAGGGUCCAGCGAACUCUUCGAAAACCUGCUGGUGCUGAGUCCUACGUGGGGCACCCCACACAGCACCCUCGUCCCUCAGGAGGCCUAUGGGCAGACAGGGAGCCUGGCUCCGCCCUGCUGAGGCCCUCCCAUCUGAUGACCCUGUGGAAUGCCAGUAGCUGCCACUUCCCUGCCUGGUCCCAAGAGCAGCUCUGCUGUCAUCCCCGAGCAGCCUCUUCCCUCUGCCCUGGAAAGGUCUCCUUCAGCUUGUUGCCCAGCCACAGGCCUGCUCUGACCCCAAAACCUGCUGUGGGCACCAUCUUGCCGCCCGAGCUCCCCAGACAGUGGCCAGGGCUAGAGCUGAGGCCGCUGCGAGGCUCCUGCAUUGUCUCCCUCUGC